CCCUGCGCCGUGCAGAGCUGGAAAAUGGCUGUGUGGGAGAGUAGGGACUUAUGAACGGGAAAAAGACAGAAAUGACGAGAGCCAGAAGUCAACCGAGCCACCGCUGAAUCCUCACCGAAUAACCGACUUUCACCUUUAGGCCACAACACGGACGUUUUGUGGGAUUUUUUUCGGAGCUCCGCUGCCGCGGGAAGAGCGAAGAAAUAAUCCUCGGAUGGCAUGAAAUGUCUCAUCCAGUGACAUUUUCGGACAUGAAGACAGAAAUCAUUUAGGCUAACUGGACAUGGUUGGUCAUAAUCCAGAAGAUGUGGGAUGUUGACAGAACUGAAGAGGAUUAAAGACCUUUGCCCUCCAAUCAGGUCACUCGAUUUGACGUACAAGCCGACCACACAAGGCCUACGGCUGGCAAAUCUCUUACGCGUCUGCUCCUGCAACAUCCAGCCAGAGUGCGUGAAAGAGCAUGUUGCCAAUGUUCUCCCUCUGCUCCAUCAUCUGGCUCAACCGGGGUAUCAAACUGAGGAAAGUGCACCAGUCCUCCAACACCGGUCAGGCCUGAACUCGCUGCUGCCGCAGAUGCUACAGCAGUAGCAUGCUACAAUAUCUUCAGGUUGAAAUGCUUCUGAGCUUCGGGUGACUCCUCCCUUCUCCUUCCCCCCACCCUCCCCAAGCUACACUACCAAACCACUCCACAGUCUUUUUGGUUUUUGGCGGAGGAUUUCUGCAGAGCCAAGGCUUGUUGUUUGCGCUGUGGUUUGGGCUGUGCACGUUUAUCCUCUGUGUGGGGGCCAUUUUGAGUUUUGUUUGCACUACAAAAUGGCAGCGGAAGGUUUCCAGUAUCGUGCUCUCUACGCAUUUAUGAAGGACCAGGAAGAGGACUUGGAUAUGCAGCCUGGGGACCUCCUGACAGUCAGCAAGGCAUCGCUGCUGUCCAUGGAGAACUAUCAGGAAGGCUGCGUGGAGCACCCGGAGCGUCUGGGCUGGCUGCUGGGCUACAAUGAGCGCAGUAAACAGAGAGGCGACUUUCCAGGGACAUAUGUGGAGUACGUAGGUCCCGUCAAGAUGGUGCUCCCAUGCAGUCAACCCAGGUCCCAGCGCCCACUUCCUGCCGCUCCCAGACCAGAGUCAUCUCAAGCUGCUUCUGUGCCAGACCUGAGCGAGCAGUUCACACCACCAGACACCGCUCCCCCGAUGCUCGUCAGUCUCAUCCAAACCAUAGAGAAGACAGGGUUGGACUCCAAAACACUCUACAGAUCAAACAGUUCUUCAGUUUCAGACAGUCCACUUCACAGUCCCGAGACUGAUGUGGCUCAGAGAGAUGUGGGCUUCCUGUCAGAGUACGUCUUGCGUUACCUGAGAGACCUUCCAUCACCCGUCAUUCCUGUCUGCGUCUACCCUCACCUGCAGACUGCAGUCGCUCUGCAGCAGCAGGUCUUACAGCUGUCAGCAGAUGGUGCAGUAGCUGGCAGCUAUGACAGACAAGUAAGUCAGGUUCUUGAGAGCUCCACUGCUGUCCCUCUUCACCACCGUCUGACUCUGCAGUUCCUCCUCACACACCUGGCCAAGGUCGCCCAGGCACAGGCUAGCAAUGGUCUGGACACACACACACUGGGAAAAAUAUUUGGACCGCUGCUGAUUUGGACAGGUCCCUCUUCUUCUUGGUUGUCAUUGGAUGAGGACCUUCCUGCUCUUGUGUUGGAGCGACUGCUGAUAGAAAGAACUGUGGAACAAGCUGUCACUCCCCCAGUUCUUCCAGCAAAACCAGUGAAAACAAAAAUGAUGCCAUCAGCCGUGACAGACACAAGCAUCCUGCUGAAUGAAGCAGAGUGGUACUGGGGAGAAAUAUCCAGAGAGGAGGUGAAUGAGAAGCUGCGAGACACUCCAGAUGGCACCUUCCUGGUUCGAGAUGCGUCCAGUAAACUGGAGGGCGAGUACACGCUCACUCUCAGGAAAGGAGGCAACAACAAGCUGAUAAAGAUUUACCACAGAGAGGGCAGAUAUGGCUUCUCAGAACCUCUUACCUUCCUGUCUGUGGUGGAGCUCAUCAAUCACUACCGUCACGAGUCCCUGGCCCAGUACAAUGCCAAGCUGGACACCAAGCUUCUGUACCCAGUCUCCAAAUACCAGCAGCUGGUUAAAGAGAACAGCAUUGAGGAGGUUGGAGAGCAGCUGAAGGUCUACCAUGAGCAGUACCAAGAGAAGAGUCGCGAGUACGACUCCCUGUAUGAGGAAUAUACUCGCACCUCACAGGAGCUGCAGAUGAAGCGCACAGCCAUUGAAGCCUUUAAUGAAACCAUCAAGAUCUUUGAGGAACAGUGUGAGACUCAGGAGCGUUACAGCAGAGAGUCUCUGGAGCGGUUCCAAAGAGAGGGCAACGAAAAGGAGGUUCAGAAGAUACAGAACAACUCGGAGCGUUUGAAGUCUCGUGUGAAGGAAAUCCACGAUAGCAAGCGUAAGCUGGAGCAGGACCUGAGAGAGCAGGUCUCCGAUAACAGAGAGAUAGACAAGAAGAUGAACAGCCUCAAGCCGGAUCUCAUGCAGCUCCGCAAGAUCAGAGACCAGUACUUGAUAUGGCUCACGCAGAAGGGGACGAGGCAGAAGAGGAUCAAUGAGUGGCUUGGCAUCAAGAAUGAUGCUGAUGACUCCUACUCACUGGAGGAGGACGAGGGCUCACCUCACCAUGAUGAGUGCACGUGGUACGUGGGCGACAUCAAACGUGCACAGGCUGAGGAAAUGCUGAGAGGCAAAUGUGACGGAACCUUCCUCAUCCGUGACAGCCAAUCGCAGAAAGGCUCUUACGCCUGCUCGGUGGUGUUCUUCCAGCAAAACCAAGAGGAGGUGAAUGAGAAGCUGCGAGACACUCCAGAUGGCACCUCGGUUCGAGAUGCGUCCAGUAAACUGGAGGGCGAGUACACGCUCACUCUCAGGAAAGGAGGCAACAACAAGCUGAUAAAGAUUUACCACAGAGAGGGCAGAUAUGGCUUCUCAGAACCUCUUACCUUCCUGUCUGUGGUGGAGCUCAUCAAUCACUACCGUCACGAGUCCCUGGCCCAGUACAAUGCCAAGCUGGACACCAAGCUUCUGUACCCAGUCUCCAAAUACCAGCAGCUGGUUAAAGAGAACAGCAUUGAGGAGGUUGGAGAGCAGCUGAAGGUCUACCAUGAGCAGUACCAAGAGAAGAGUCGCGAGUACGACUCCCUGUAUGAGGAAUAUACUCGCACCUCACAGGAGCUGCAGAUGAAGCGCACAGCCAUUGAAGCCUUUAAUGAAACCAUCAAGAUCUUUGAGGAACAGUGUGAGACUCAGGAGCGUUACAGCAGAGAGUCUCUGGAGCGGUUCCAAAGAGAGGGCAACGAAAAGGAGGUUCAGAAGAUACAGAACAACUCGGAGCGUUUGAAGUCUCGUGUGAAGGAAAUCCACGAUAGCAAGCGUAAGCUGGAGCAGGACCUGAGAGAGCAGGUCUCCGAUAACAGAGAGAUAGACAAGAAGAUGAACAGCCUCAAGCCGGAUCUCAUGCAGCUCCGCAAGAUCAGAGACCAGUACUUGAUAUGGCUCACGCAGAAGGGGACGAGGCAGAAGAGGAUCAAUGAGUGGCUUGGCAUCAAGAAUGAUGCUGAUGACUCCUACUCACUGGAGGAGGACGAGGGCUCACCUCACCAUGAUGAGUGCACGUGGUACGUGGGCGACAUCAAACGUGCACAGGCUGAGGAAAUGCUGAGAGGCAAAUGUGACGGAACCUUCCUCAUCCGUGACAGCCAAUCGCAGAAAGGCUCUUACGCCUGCUCGGUGGUUGUGGAAGGCGACACCAAGCACUGCGUCAUCUACAAGACUGUCACGGGUUAUGGAUUUGCUGAGCCAUACAAUCUGUACUCAUCCCUCAAAGACCUGGUACUCCACUACAAAAACGUCUCCUUGGUCCAACACAACGACCAGUUGAAUGUAAAUCUAGCCUACCCGGUCCUGGCCCGCUCUCAGAAUCAGAACCAGCACCCCAGAUGAAUCAGUAACCAGCAUUAAAAGGACGCCAGUAAGGACGGGGAAGCUAAAUUUUCACUCGUAUGCAUUUGGGGGUGGGGUGGGGGGGGUGUUAACCUCUGAACUCUGGUUUAUUGUUAGCGGUGGGUAAACUGGCAAAAACAGCCACCAUUCAAAUCAGCAAAGUGUUUGGCUGGAGGUUGCUGCUAAUUUCUCACGCUGACCCCAGACCAGCAGAGAGCACUGCUGGCUAACAGCAUGGCUUCAGAAUAAGCACACUAUCAAUACCGCGGCGCCGUGCGGGAGUUAGCCAGAAACGACUGUACAGUGACAGUAAUUAAAAAAAGUGUGGCAAAAACGACAAAAGACUCUGCGUUCAGAAAGGACAAAAUAAGCACACAGAAGUCAUUUCUUUGUUUUUUGAAGACAUCAAAGAGGUGGAGGAGCAACCAGAUGGCGGGAGGCACUUUUUCUUUUCGCCUGACAGACAAAGGCUCAAAGUGUCGUCCCCAGACUGCCUGCAAACUUUGCCUACACAAACGCCCGACCCAACGGGCGUGGCUAACCAGGCAAACCGUGGACCCGGGUUGGUGUGUGUGUGUGUGUGUGUGUGUGUGUGUGUGUGUGUGUGUGUGUGUGUGUGUGUGUGUGUGUGUGUGUGUGUGUGUGAGUGUGUGUGAGUGUGAGUGAGUGUGAGUGUGAGUGGGUUGAGGGAGGGGGGGUAUAAUCACUGGAGCUUUGGGGGAUAUGAGACGUGUGUCAGGAGGUGUUAAGGAUUUCGAUUAAAGCUUGCUUAAGUGCCAUAGUGUUAGCUUUGAACGACCAUGAGCCUGUGUUGCAGGCUCGUGGGGGCACGUCGAGCUCCGAAGGAGUAAAGAAAGGAACGUCAACCACGCUACAGCUUUAAAAACACGUGGAAAACAGGUCUCUCUUUUUUCUAAAAUACUGUAAUGUUUGCUUCCAGGUGCUUUGGCAUGCUCUUUUUUUGUUUUGUUUUGUUUUGGUUUUUUUGGUGCGCCUCCUUUUGAAAUGACGAGGUACUACGUGAAUAUAAAGACUAGCGCGGUAUGCAUUUGGUAUAUUGUGACUAUAGAAAUACUUUGUACUCACAAUACACUAGAUUGAGAGGUACAUUACUGCAGUUCCUCAUACUUGUUUGCUCUUUUUCUCAUCAUCUUUGAUCCCGUAGCACCUGUAGCCAGUCGCUAACCGUGUAACUGUUAGUUCAUUAGUUCACCUCUCAACACGUUCCGAUUGGCUAAAGACACUUCUGUGUGAUUAUUGUAUCUCUGGUACUGUAUUUGCUUUGUGUGUAGUUUUAGUGGUACAAUAUCUUUACUGAUUGUGUUUUAGAAUGCUGAUGUUGUCACAGUAACAACCCACCCCCACACCACCCCUGCUUGACUGUUCAUUCUGUCACAGACUUCAUUCAGAGCUGCAGAACAUUUAUGUACAAAUGGAAAAAAAAGAAAAAUAGAAGCAGUAAUAUAACUAAUGUACAGGAUAUUACAGUCACAUGCAGGGCGUGCAUGUGACUUUCAUGUGAGGUGUUUAUUUUAAUUUUAAUUUUUUUUUUUUUUUUGCUCUGCUUCUAGAUUCUGUGUAAGGAUGUUCAGUAUCCAGCUAAUGUGAGCCAAAUGAAGGAUUUCCUUUCUUGUAGCAAAAAUCAGAAAAGAGAACCGGUGCUUUCGGCGUUGCUUCAGUGCUCUGACAGAGAUUAUCUCAUACCGUAUGCAUGGAGUCCUUCUGUUCGCACGUGCACAGUGUGACGUGUGGACACACUGUGCACAGUCGAGUAGUUUUUGUUUUUUGUUGUUUUUUUAGAACAGUGUCCUCCCUUCGUUCUGUGCAGCGUCACUGAAUAUGUCCCCGUUUGUCUUGGAUUAGACGUGCACAGUCGAUAAGAUGCCACCUUUCACAUUUGUUGUUUUAGAUUUUCUGAUAUGAAUCUUUUCUCAACACGUCUUGUAUUUAGUAGAUGCAAAUUGCCAAAAA